AUGGCGUUUUUUGGCCUUUGCUCCGAUUGGAACUGUAUGAACUUGCCCCCGGACAAAGUCCAGCUGUUGAGCCAGUAUGACAACGAGAAGAAGUGGGAGCUCAUCUGUGACCAGGAGCGGUUUCAAGUCAAGAACCCCCCCACAGCCUAUAUCCAGAAGCUGAAGAGCUACCUGGAAACUGGUGGGGUCAGCCGAAAGGUAGCAGCGGACUGGAUGUCCAACCUGGGGUUUAAGAGGCGAGUUCAGGAGUCCACUCAGGUGCUGCGGGAGCUGGAGAUCUCCCUGAGGACAAACCACAUUGGGUGGGUGCAGGAGUUCCUCAACGAGGAGAACCGUGGCCUGGAUGUGCUCCUCGAGUAUCUGGCUUUUGCCCAGUGCUCUGUCACGUAUGACAUGGAGAGCACAGACAAUGGGACCCCAAACUCAGAGAAGAGCAAGCCCCUGGAGCAGUCAGUGGAAGAUCUCAGCAAGGGCCCACCCUCGUCCUUGGCGUCACAGCCCAAGAGUCGCCACCUGACCAUCAAGCUGACCCCGGCCCACAGCAGGAAGACCCUGCGGAAUUCCCGCAUCGUCAGCCAGAAGGAUGACGUCCACGUCUGCAUCAUGUGCCUGCGCGCCAUCAUGAACUACCAGUCUGGCUUCAGCCUCGUCAUGAGCCACCCAGCCUGUGUCAAUGAGAUUGCUCUGAGCCUCAACAACAAGAACCCCAGAACCAAGGCUCUGGUGCUGGAGCUGCUGGCUGCUGUGUGCCUGGUGCGGGGGGGACAUGACAUCAUCCUUGAAGCCUUUGACAACUUCAAGGAGGUGUGUGGGGAGCAGCACCGCUUUGAAAAGCUGAUGGAAUAUUUCAGGAACGAAGACAGCAACAUCGACUUCAUGGUGGCCUGCAUGCAAUUCAUCAACAUCGUGGUACACUCAGUGGAGAACAUGAACUUCCGUGUCUUCCUGCAAUAUGAGUUUACCCAUCUGGGCCUGGACCUGUACUUGGAGAGGCUUCGGCUCACAGAGAGCGACAAGCUGCAGGUGCAGAUCCAGGCAUAUUUGGACAAUGUUUUUGAUGUGGGCGUGCUGCUGGAGGACACUGAGACCAAGAAUGCUGUGCUGGAGCACAUGGAGGAGCUGCAGGAGCAGGUGACCCUGCUGACAGAGAAGCUUCGGGACGCGGAGAACGAAUCCAUGGCCAAGAUCGCUGAGCUGGAAAAGCAGCUAAGCCAGGCCCGAAAGGAGCUGGAGACCCUGAGGGAGCGGUUCAGGGAUUCGACUGCCAUGGGCGUCUCCAGGCGUCCACCUGAGCCUGAGAAAGUGCCUGCCCCUGCUUUGGCAAGGCCCUCGGCCCUAGAGCUGAAGGUGGAGGAGCUGGAGGAGAAGGGCUUAAUCCGUAUCCUGCGGGGACCCGGGGAUGCCGUCUCCAUCGAGAUCCUCCCAGUUGCUGUGGCAACUCCAAGCGGCACUGAUGCCCCGACUCUGGGACCACCGCCACCGCCGCCGCCACUGCCAGGAACCCAACCACCCCCACCGCCGCCGCCACCACCACCUCCUGGCACAGAUGGACUGGUGCCUCCGCCACCCCCACCGCCUCCGGGAGGUCCCUCUGAUGCUCUUGGAGGGCCUGGCCCAGAGAUGGGCCCAGGAGUGAAGGCCAAGAAACCCAUCCAGACCAAGUUCAGAAUGCCACUCUUAAACUGGGUAGCCAUGAAACCCAGCCAGAUCACGGGCACUGUCUUCACUGAGCUCAAUGAUGAGAAGGUGCUGCAGGAACUGGACAUGAGUGACUUUGAGGAGCAGUUUAAGACUAAGUCCCAAGGUCCCAGCCUGGACCUCAAUGCUCUCAAGGGUAAGGCAGCCCAGAAGGCCCCCAGCAAAGCCACACUCAUUGAGGCCAACCGGGCCAAGAACCUGGCCAUCACCCUACGCAAGGGCAACUUGGGGGCUGACCGCAUCUGCCACGCCAUCGAGACGUAUGACCUCCAGGCCCUUAGCCUGGACUUCUUAGAGCUGCUGACCCGCUUCCUGCCCACGGAGUAUGAGCGCACCCUCAUCGCCCGCUUUGAGCAGGAGAAGCGGCCGCUGGAGGAGCUGUCAGAGGAGGACCAGUUCAUGCUGCGCUUCAGCCGCAUCCCGCGCCUGCCAGAGCGCAUGGCCACACUAACCUUCCUGGGCAACUUCCCGGAUACCGUCCAGCUGCUCAUGCCGCAACUGAAUGCCAUCAUCGCAGCCUCAAUGUCCAUUAAGUCCUCUGACAAACUCCGCCAGAUCCUGGAGAUUGUCCUGGCCUUCGGCAACUACAUGAACAGCAGCAAGCGUGGAGCAGCCUAUGGCUUCCGGCUCCAGAGUCUGGAUGCGCUGCUGGAGAUGAAGUCUACUGACCGAAAGCAGACACUGCUGCACUACCUGGUGAAGGUCAUUGCUGAGAAGUAUCCACAGCUCACAGGCUUCCACAGUGACCUGCACUUCCUGGACAAGGCAGGCUCAGUGUCCCUGGAUAGCAUCCUAGGGGAUGUGCGAUCCUUGCAGCGAGGCCUGGAGUUGACCCAGCGGGAAUUUGUGCGGCAGGAUGAUUGCGUGGUGCUCAAGGAGUUCCUGAGGACCAACUCACCUACCAUGGAUAAGCUACUGGCAGACAGCAAGACAGCUCAGGAGGCCUACGAGUCUGUGGUGGAGUACUUCGGAGAAAACCCCAAGACCACGUCUCCCUCCAUGUUCUUUUCUCUCUUUAGCCGCUUCAUCAAGGCCUACAAGAAAGCUGAGCAGGAGGUGGAGCAAUGGAAGAAAGAAGCAGCUGCUCAGGAGGCAGGCGCUGAAACUCCAGGCAGAGGGGAACCCCCAGCAUCCAAGUCCCCACCCAAGGUUCGGAGGCAACAGAUGGACCUCAUCUCUGAGCUGAAACGGAAGCAGCAGAAGGAACCGCUCAUCUAUGAGAGUGACCGUGAUGGGGCCAUUGAAGAUAUCAUCACAGAUCUUCGGAACCAGCCCUAUAUCCGCACAGACACAGGCCGCCGCAGCGCUCGCCGGCGACCUCCUGGACCCCCCAUGCAGGUCACUUCGGACCUCUCGCUGUAGCCUCUAUUUCCGCAGAUGGACUCUGGGGGGUAGGGGAGGGGGCAAGCCGGGGCUCGAAGAAGGUGGUCCUCAGCUCGGCUGGGCCGGGCAGUCCCUUUGCUGCUGUCCCCAGCGGUGGGCUCACCUCAAAUGGACCGGAGCACUCUCAUUUUGCUCCAGGGGACAGUAUCCCCGGCCCCUCCCCCCAAAUGCUGCUUGCAGCACCCUUCUCCCCCCAAUAGCCAUACUGUACUUAGCCUCAGCGGGAGCCUGGCCUGUAACUUAUAAAGUGCAACCUCUUCCUACCCCAACCUGCGGGGAUUCUCUAUGGACCUUAUUUUUAUACAAGAUUAAUAAAGAUGUUUGCAAAA